AAUUUCAAUUCAAUUAAAAAAAAAAAUUAAUCAAUAAAGUAAAUGAUUUUACUUAAGUUGAAUUCAAGCCUGAAGUUUGUGAAUUUCAUCUCUUUUCCCCUCUUUCUCUCUCCUCUCUACCCUUUCCAGUUUGGGUUGUAGAUAAAUGAGACUCAUUUCAUCCAAACUUUUGGUCGAUUUCUCCAAUUGAAGCAACUUCUAAGCAAGAUGGAUUCUGGGGAAAAAACUGCAUUCUUCGGUUCUUCUUGAUUAUCUGUUUCAGGGCAUCCUUUCAAGGCUGCCAGUGAGAGACUUAUUGCGUAUGCGAUGUGUCAGUAAAUCAUGGUGUGCCCUCAUUGACGAUUCUAGCUUCAUUUCGUUGCACCACCGUGCUCAAUAUGCCAUGUGCAAAGAAAAUGGAGAUGUGCCUCUCCUUCUUAUGAUGCGCGCACCUAUAAGUGUAAACCCAACUUUACCUCCAAGUUAACCAAUGGUAUCUUCUCUCUAAACAACAAGGGGGUGACAUUGUUUUUAAUUUGAAUUAUGAUUUAGAACGUGAUAAAAAUUUUGUUUUCACAAUUGAUCCCUCCUAUAGAAAAGAUUAUGUUAUUUGUAGAGGCAGUGCAAAUGGCGUCAUCUGUCUUGAACUUUGGUGCAUCGGUCAAGAAUGGUUGAGGGUUAGUAUUAGUUGUUGCUUAUGGAAUCCGGCCACAAGAGACUUUAAGAUGAUUGCAUAUUAUGAUGCACCAGAUCUUGAUCUUCAACAUGGACGCAAUUUUAUGGUAGUUGGUUUUUUUUCAUUCAAUGUCUAAUGAUUUGAAGAUUAUGACUAAAACUUGUGUUGUGUCUUAUGACAAAAGAUUAGCAUACGAUAUUUACUCUUUUAACACCAACUCUUGGAAAAGACUUGAGCCUCCAUUGUUAUUGGGUUGUCUUGGCGUUAUUCAACAUCCUGUUAUGGAUUCAUGCAUAAAUGGUGUUUAUUAUUGGAUUGCCCGUGUCAUAGGAAGUCAUUUGCACCCUCAGCUAGCUCAGCGUCACUUGUAUUGGGUCCUAUCAUUUAAUAUGAGCAUCGAGCUUUUUAAAUUUUCUGAUCUUCCUCAAGUGGAUUGGGAUUUUCUAUCUGCCCCUAGUGACACAAAUUAUGAUAUUGGGUUGUACAAGGAAUGUCUCGCAAUAUUUGUCACCCGCAGAUUUCGUCCUGAGUUAGUGGGUAGUUUUUACAUUUGGGUAGCCACUGAAUUUGAUGAUGACUUUGGAGUCCCAUUGGCAUGGCAACGUUUGUUCUCUUCCAGACUAUUUCCUACACUUUAUGAUAUAAAUGUUAUUACUGCACGAAUGAAUGGUGAUCUGCUGCUCCUCAUCGAUGGUGAUCUGUGCCUAUAUAAUCCCGCAACAGACAAUAUCUCGAGUUUUAGUAUAAGCAUCGAAUGUUGUCACAGGUAUGUAGUAAGUUUGGUCCCUUUAUUGAGAAGGUUUGUCCGGAGUUGAGCUCAUUUAUCUUUGUAUGUUGGUGGACCCUUAGAACAAUUUGUGGUUUGGAUUGUAUUACUCAAUAAAAUUAUGGCUUCUUUUUAUAAUAAUUAGUAGUAAUA